UCAAGGGAAGCAUUGCAACGAGCUAGCCGAGCUCUCAAUGAACUCACGGGAUACAAUCAAAUUGAAGCCAUCAAAACAAAGGUGAAUGACCAAGCGAAACUGUUUGAGCAAACGCGCGAUCGUGUGCAAGAGGCGAAACAGCAGUAUGAGCAUGCUAUUGAGACACGGUCGGACACGCAACGUGGGAUCAAUGAGUUGUUGCAACGGAAACAUUUGUGGACAGGGGAUGAUGUCACGCGGUUUACGGAACUGUACCGGUUGGAACAUGAGCAUUCCAGAAACGAAGCUACGGCGCGAGAAAGAUACCAGCAAUGUGAAAAGGACAUGGACCGCGAAUACAUGGAACUGGCCCGAUCCAUCAUGGAACGAUAUCACGAAGAACAAUUAUGGAGUGACAAGAUUCGCAGCGUCAGUACCUACGGUACUUGGGCAUUGAUGGUUGUCAAUUUGCUACUGUUUGUAGCCGUACAAACCGUGUUUGAACCCCAUAAACGAAAGCGUCUGACGCAACGGUUUGAGGAACUUUUGGUG